ACAUAGGGACCCAGUAGAGAGUGAAAAGAGCCAAGGACAGAGUUCUGAGGAGGAAAGUGAUUUAAAUGGCUCUGGAAAAGUAGUAUAUAAGAGAUGUAGGGGAAUAAUGUUUUCUAAAAGAAAGCUACAUUAUACUGAAGUGCAUUUAUCAUAGUGGUACUUUUAAGGUGCCUUUGUUUUAGUGCAUAUCUGUAUAUUUGCUAAGUUUGAAAAAGCUGUAUUUCUUUCUGACAUUUAUUUGAUGACUGUUGAUGAGAGUUCAAGAGAUUCUAUCAUUGGGCACUUUCCUUAAUUGAUGUAUGAGGGAUUAUAUUGUGCCCUGGCUGCAUUAAAUCUGCUGACAUUCUCAUUUAAUCUUCAUGACAGCCCUUUGAGAUAGAUACUGUUAUUGAACCCAGGACUUAAUUUUCUCAAGGUCACAUGGCUUGUGAGUAACAAAGCUGUGGCACAAACCUAAGCCUGUCUGACAGCAAAACCUACGUUCUCUACCAAUAUACUAUGUUUACCAAGAUAAUCAGUGACUCAUACUGUGAUGUUACUUUACCAUAUUAGCACAAUGGAAUGUGACGUUAGUCCACUGAUACGGACUAGGUUUGGGGAUAUAUAAGCUCUAAUCCCAGCUCUGUGAUUUUGGAUGACCAUGGAUGAAAAAUAUGUAAACAGCAUUUGGGACCUUCUGAAAAAUGCAAUUCAAGAAAUCCAGCGUAAGAAUAACAGUGGUCUUAGUUUUGAGGAGCUCUAUAGAAAUGCAUAUACAAUGGUUUUGCAUAAACAUGGAGAAAAGCUCUACACUGGACUAAGAGAAGUUGUUACCGAACAUCUCAUAAAUAAGGUGCGAGAAGAUGUACUAAAUUCAUUGAAUAACAACUUUCUUCAAACGCUAAAUCAAGCUUGGAAUGAUCAUCAAACAGCUAUGGUGAUGAUUAGAGACAUACUAAUGUACAUGGACCGUGUAUAUGUACAACAAAAUAAUGUGGAGAAUGUCUACAAUUUGGGAUUAAUUAUUUUUCGAGAUCAAGUUGUACGUUAUGGGUGUAUUAGGGAUCAUCUACGGCAAACUCUGUUGGAUAUGAUUGCAAGAGAGCGGAAAGGAGAAGUUGUAGACAGAGGCGCAAUAAGAAAUGCUUGCCAGAUGUUAAUGAUUUUAGGUCUCGAAGGAAGAUCAGUCUAUGAAGAAGAUUUUGAGGCUCCUUUUUUGGAAAUGUCUGCAGAAUUUUUUCAGAUGGAAAGCCAGAAAUUUUUAGCAGAAAAUAGUGCUUCAGUAUAUAUAAAGAAAGUAGAAGCUAGAAUUAAUGAAGAGAUAGAACGAGUGAUGCACUGCCUUGACAAAUCAACGGAAGAACCAAUUGUGAAGGUAGUUGAGAGGGAACUCAUUUCCAAGCACAUGAAGACUAUAGUAGAAAUGGAGAAUUCUGGGCUAGUACAUAUGUUGAAAAAUGGAAAGACAGAAGAUCUUGGUUGCAUGUACAAGUUAUUUAGUCGUGUGCCAAAUGGUUUGAAAACAAUGUGUGAGUGUAUGAGUUCCUAUUUGAGGGAGCAAGGUAAAGCUCUUGUUUCUGAAGAAGGAGAAGGAAAGAAUCCCGUUGACUAUAUCCAGGGUUUAUUGGAUCUGAAGAGUAGGUUCGAUCGCUUCCUCCUGGAAUCAUUCAACAAUGACCGGCUCUUUAAACAAACUAUUGCGGGUGACUUUGAGUAUUUUCUCAACCUCAACUCCAGGUCUCCUGAAUACCUCUCAUUAUUUAUUGAUGAUAAGCUGAAAAAGGGAGUCAAAGGGCUAACAGAGCAGGAAGUAGAAACAAUAUUGGAUAAAGCAAUGGUCCUUUUUAGGUUUAUGCAAGAAAAAGAUGUAUUUGAACGUUAUUAUAAACAACACUUGGCAAGGAGACUUCUCACAAAUAAAAGUGUUUCUGAUGACUCUGAAAAAAACAUGAUAUCUAAGUUAAAGACUGAAUGUGGAUGUCAGUUCACGUCAAAACUGGAAGGAAUGUUUAGGGAUAUGAGCAUCUCAAACACAACGAUGGAUGAAUUCAGGCAACAUCUACAGGCAACUGGUGUAUCUUUAGGUGGUGUUGAUCUUACAGUCCGGGUGCUCACGACAGGAUAUUGGCCCACUCAGUCAGCCACACCAAAGUGCAACAUCCCACCAGCACCAAGACACGCUUUUGAGAUAUUCAGAAGGUUCUACUUAGCCAAACACAGUGGUCGACAGCUCACGCUCCAGCAUCAUAUGGGUUCUGCAGAUCUCAAUGCCACAUUUUAUGGACCAGUUAAAAAGGAAGAUGGAUCUGAAGUUGGUGUUGGAGGUGCACAAGUAACUGGCUCUAAUACACGGAAGCACAUAUUGCAAGUUUCCACUUUCCAGAUGACCAUAUUAAUGCUCUUUAAUAAUAGAGAAAAAUACACAUUUGAGGAAAUUCAGCAAGAGACAGAUAUCCCUGAAAGAGAGCUUGUUAGAGCCCUACAGUCCCUCGCCUGUGGUAAACCAACACAGCGGGUUCUAACAAAAGAACCCAAAUCAAAGGAAAUAGAAAAUGGUCAUAUAUUUACAGUUAAUGAUCAGUUCACAUCCAAACUACACAGAGUCAAGAUUCAAACAGUUGCUGCCAAACAAGGUGAAUCAGACCCAGAGAGGAAAGAAACAAGGCAGAAAGUAGACGACGACAGAAAACAUGAGAUAGAAGCUGCUAUAGUGCGGAUAAUGAAAUCUAGAAAGAAGAUGCAGCACAAUGUUCUAGUAGCAGAGGUAACUCAGCAGUUGAAGGCUCGAUUCUUACCAAGUCCAGUUGUUAUUAAGAAACGUAUUGAAGGACUUAUUGAGAGAGAAUAUUUGGCACGAACACCUGAGGAUCGCAAAGUAUACACAUAUGUAGCAUAAAAUGCGUUCAGAAAUUUGAUUUAUUCUUGGACUGUACUCUUCGCAUGGACUGGGAAGUUCUUUUAAAUCAUUAAAUAUUAAGACGACCAUCUCUUCUAUUAAAUUACAGUACAUGUUCUAGACCAUUGAGAUCAAGCCUUUACUCCCUUUGAGAGUUUUCAACAACAGUUGAUUGAGCUUCAGGCUUUACAACGUUUAUCCCUGUAGAGAUCAUCUUUACAGUUCCUCGGGAAAAUGUGAAUGUGCUGCGUUUUGUUUUCUUUACUGUAUGAAAACAGGAAAAUAAAACAAAAAUUUAGAAAAUACAGCUCAUUAAAAUAAAAUUGUUGGAUUUCAUUUCCCCAGGUCUUCAGUGUUGAUGUAAAUGUGUUUUUGUAGUGUUGCUUAGCACUUUGCGCAUUGUGUAAGUUGGGUAACAAAAAUGGCAAAAGAAAUGCAGAAUUCCCAGUUAUCUUGCUCUGAAGACAUUUCUUUAGCUAGUCUUACUUAAUUUAAAGGUUUGAUAAAUAUACAAAGACCCAAGCAUACAAUUUGAGCAUGCUGUAUUCUACCACUUGCACUUACGAAUCUUCUAGCCUUAUGACCAGGAACCUUUGUUUUGGGCUCAAGUACACAUCCUGAUUUGGUUUUUCCCUAUUGUAAUUUGAGAUUCCCCAGAUUAAGUCUUACAAUGAUUAGGUUUUGUUCUGAGUUAUUUCUAGAGAAAGAAAAUAUUUUAGUAUGUAUAAAUUGUACAAUAAUUUUUUUGCUGUUGUACUCACUGCUAAUAGUGGAUUGUAUAGGGUGGUGUUUUUAUUUCAUUUAUUGUAGACAAAAAUAAAUGAAUUUAGUAUACACAAACCCACUAAUUCAAGUAUGUCAGAGCACAAAGUUGGCAGCUGGUUAUAUUUAAUUCAGCCCCUCUGAAAAGCACAUACAGUCUAUACUUUGUUUAUAAAUAUCUUAGAUCCUCCCUGCCCCUAAAUAUAUAUUUUGGUGAAGCUGUGGUGCACUAUUAAUUUUCUGUUUCAAAAUGCAAUCUAAAGAUGCAAUAAAUAUGAUGACCUUGAUAGUUUUAAUGAAAUCUUCAAUUCUUGCAGCUAACUGUGUUUUGGAAAGUGAUUAAGCAAUAUUUCUCAAACCUGAUGAUUCUUGGAUAUUUAGCUAUUGUCCUCCAAAGAGUCAUCGUUUCACGUUUUCAAAGAUGUGCUUUGUGCUGAAGAUUCUUGUCAGAUAUCCUGUGCUUCCAGAGUAUUUUUAUCUUCAAUUUUAUUUAAUUUUCAUUUUGUUUUCAUAAGACAAUGUUUCAGAUAUGUAAUGGGGCAAACCACUAUAGAUUUCUGUUGGAUAGAAAAAUGAAAUGUUACUAAUAAGUUUAAAUUGACCCUUCGUUGACUAUCAGUACUGUUGAUACAUUUAUUAGAAUGUAUGUCUCAGAAGAUGGUUUCUGUUUAAAUUUAUGGUCAAGUUAAAACAACUGAAUUCUAAUACGGAUUAAAAACUCCACAUAAAUAUUUUUC